UUCGGCCCAUCCAGUGGCACUCGCAUCCGCAGCAUUUUGCUCUCCUGGUUGUCAACAACCCGGGUGCUCCUGCUCUCUCUUAAGCCUGUGCUUUCUGGGGGGUAGAGGUUCGAGGUCAAGCUGCUGGGAGCAGAGGGGACUCUGAUAUUCCCCACCCCCCCACCCAAGGCCACCUCCCAGGGGGGGCUCUGUCAUUGUUUCGCGGGCCGUUACGUGUACUGAUUUAAGUUCGGUGCUGGGUCCUGUCCUGGUCAUAAGGAACCACCCUGCCUCUCUGUCCCUGGCUCUCUCUGUGCUGCUGUGCUCAGGAUGCCUUGAGCCAUGGGUAGCUGUCCCCGAGGGGGCAAACAGCUGCGUUGACAGCCCCAGCCUCGAGUUCUCUGAAAGAAAACAAAACCCCUCCCCAGGACAAGCCCUAACUUUUGAGUUGUAUCCCCCGCCCCUCUCCUACUUUUUCAAUGACGUGUUGUAGCUGCUGUAGACCAAUUCGGAGAGAGGACCGAGUGACCCCACAAGGUCUGCACUACAAGGAUUAUCCCCACUUUGUCAACGCGGAUGGGCAAUGCAUUUUCAGCAGGUACUGGGAACCUAAAACAACGCCCAGGGGUUUAGCGAUGAUAAUACACGCUGCAGGAGAACACAGCGGCCGCUAUCAAGGAGUUGCUGGGGUGAUGACAAAGCAUGCCUUGUUUGUAUUUGCACAUGAUCACAUUGGCCACGGGCAGAGUGAAGGCAGGCGCAUGUAUGUGUCCAGUUUCAGAGACUACAUCCGGGACUCCCUGCAGCACUUCGACAUGAUGACGAACCGUUUCCCGAACCUAAAGGUCUUCAUUUUUGCACACGCCAUGGGCGGGACCAUCGCAAUCUCUGUCGCAAACGAGAGGCAGAAGCACAUCGCUGGGGUGAUUUUUAUCGCGCCGCUGGUUAUAUUGAACCCUGAGUCAGCAACACCAGCAAGGAUGUUUUUUGCCAAAGUGCUGUAUCACUUGACGCCGAAUCUAACCUUGGGAUACGUGGACCCUCGUUGGCUCUCAAGAUCACAAAAAGAGGUAAAGAUAUUCAAUAAUGAUCCUCUCAAUUACCACGGACCGUAUAGGAUGAGAUUCACUGUUCAAGUGUUACAAGCGGUUGCCAAACUGGAGAAAGUGGUGCCUACCAUCACUUGGCCAAUGUUGAUUUUACACGGUGAUGCGGAUAAACUGUGUGAUAUCAGGGGCUCCUUCCUCCUGUACAAGCUAUCGGCGAGCUCGGACAAGACUCUGAAGAUCUUCAGUAAAUGUUUCCACCUGCUCCAUCGAGAAGUGCCGAAUGUUACUCUGGAAGUCUUUGCAUUGAUUGGGAAAUGGAUCGCUGACAGGAUGCCGCCAGUGGAACAAGACUGAACAGGCCUGUAAAUGUGGACAGUUUACAAAGGAACCAGUUUCAUUUAUAAUGGGGAUGCAUGUACAGGGGGGGAAGGGGGGCUGUGGGAAGAGGAAAACAAAAUUCAAAUUGCCUAAUUUAACAAAAAUUUGUUUGUUUUACCUCAUAAAGAAAAUUAUGUUAAAAGGAAGUAUUUGUUCAGCAACAGUUUUUCAAUUAAAUCUUUGAUUCAAUUAGUUACGACUGAGCCAGGGAAAGCUGUGCAUCUGCAGACUUCCCUCUUUGUCUGCACCCAUUGUUUCUGAGUUUGGAAAAAAGCCUCCCCUCUUCACUGUGGUUGACAUUUCUCAAUCCCAGUCUGCAGCUCACUAUCUCAGGAGCCAAGGGGCCAACAGAAUUGUAGGCUCCCCGCUACAGUGGGUGGAUUGGGAGUACGACAGAGGGACAAGAGGGGGUUCAAAUCAAAACAACGGUGUCCUCUUAGAUCUACCAUCUGUAAGCAGUUGCUGAUCACCAGCCACACUGCUGCCAGGGUAUUUCCCAAUACCAGUGUGUUACACUGCAAAGCUUCCUCACUCAGCUACAUAGUGUGUAAAUGAGACCACUUCCAUUUCCAUAUAAUGCGAACAGAAUUGUGAAAUGCAUUGCUAAAACACUAAUAUACCACUUGGAAAGAGUCAGUGGUCCCUCUUCUGAUACAAUUGAUUUCCUGAACACUUUUAAGACUUUAAAAUUGAGUGUCAAACACAGAAGGGAAGUUCUGAUUUGAUUUGAGCCAAUGUAUCUCUAUGAUCCACAUGAGACGUGUUCAUCACUGUAAUACAGAAAGACUCCUAGUUCCUGAAGUAUCAGUGUAAUCUGAUUACUGAUACUUGUCAGUGGAAUGUUCAACAAUUUCUAACAGACUUAUUAAAUCUCUCCUUUGCUGUAAGAUGUGUUCUGGUUUCUCCAGUUUCCCCAGUUACUUGCUAAAGAGUGUGGCAUAUUCAAUUAUUGAGAGCUGAUCAAUGUCUGGCACCUGACAGCACAGAUGGAAGAUAUCUCAGGGGAGGCAAAGUAUUGACUUCAGUUCAAAGAGUUGUUGCUGUCCUGGGUUGAAUGGGCAGAGUCUCUGGAUAUGUUCCCCCAAAACCCUACAAUCUCACAUUCAAAAUAUUGGUCACUGGGACCCCAAUCUCUCAAUCACAAGAGUCACAAUAUCGAGAUGAGAAGGUAAUGAGAGGGGAGUGGAGGUAAAAUGACAGACAAAAACAUUGAAAAAUUGCUUUGUUUGCAAAUAUACUGUAAUGACAAGUAUUUUUCAAAGACUCAGUGAAAUCAACAUUUUAAAGUAAUUCUCAUGUUGACCUUGUUUAUACUGCAAAGUUAUUUGCUGUACUCUCUAAUCCUGAACUAUUAAACACCAAUAAAUCUGAUUUGCUUCAUAUGUACAAUAAACUGAAUCUGC